AGCCAAAAUGUCCAAGGGUCCAGCCGUAGGCAUCGAUCUGGGGACCACCUACUCCUGCGUGGGCGUCUUCCAGCAUGGCAAAGUGGAGAUCAUCGCCAAUGACCAGGGCAACCGCACCACCCCCAGCUACGUCGCCUUCACGGACACGGAGCGCCUCAUUGGUGACGCUGCCAAGAACCAAGUGGCCAUGAAUCCCACCAACACCGUCUUUGAUGCCAAGCGCCUGAUUGGCCGGCGCUUCGAUGACCCCGUAGUCCACUCCGACAUGAAGCACUGGCCCUUCCAGGUGAUCAACGAUGGGGGCCGGCCCAAAGUGCAAGUGGAAUACAAAGGCGAGACAAAGUCCUUCUACCCCGAAGAGAUCUCCUCUAUGGUUCUCACCAAGAUGAAGGAAAUCGCCGAGGCCUAUUUGGGCAAGAGUAUCACAAACGCCGUCAUUACGGUCCCAGCCUACUUCAACGACUCCCAGCGGCAGGCCACGAAGGAUGCCGGCACCAUUGCAGGCCUCAAUGUGCUUCGCAUCAUCAAUGAACCCACGGCGGCGGCCAUUGCCUAUGGGCUAGAUAAAAAGGUUGGUGGUGAGCGAAACGUCCUCAUCUUCGACCUGGGUGGUGGAACCUUUGACGUCUCCAUUCUGACCAUUGAAGACGGAAUCUUUGAGGUGAAGUCGACCGCUGGGGACACCCACCUGGGCGGUGAAGACUUCGACAGCCGCAUGGUGAACCACUUUGUGGCUGAGUUCAAGCGCAAGCACAAGAAGGAAAUCACAGACAACAAGCGGGCGGUCCGGCGGCUGCGCACGGCCUGCGAGCGGGCCAAGCGCACCCUCAGCUCCUCCACCCAGGCCUCCAUUGAGAUCGACUCCCUCUAUGAGGGCAUCGAUUUCUACACCUCCAUCACCCGGGCGCGCUUCGAGGAGCUCAAUGCUGACCUCUUCCGGGGCACCCUGGAGCCGGUGGAGAAGGCCCUGCGGGAUGCCAAGCUGGACAAGUCCCAGGUGCACGACAUCGUGCUGGUUGGCGGCUCGACCCGCAUCCCCAAGAUCCAGAAGCUGCUGCAGGACUUCUUCAACGGCAGGGAGCUGAACAAGAGUAUCAAUCCCGACGAAGCCGUGGCCUACGGGGCAGCUGUCCAGGCGGCCAUCCUGUGCGGGGACAAGUCCGAGAACGUGCAGGACCUCCUCCUGUUGGACGUGACACCGCUCUCCUUGGGCAUCGAGACGGCCGGUGGGGUGAUGACGGCGCUGAUCAAGCGCAACACCACCAUCCCCACCAAGCAGACCCAGACCUUCACCACGUAUUCGGACAACCAGCCAGGAGUGCUCAUCCAGGUAUAUGAAGGAGAGCGUGCUAUGACCAAAGACAACAACUUGCUGGGCAAGUUUGAGUUAACAGGGAUCCCACCUGCUCCUCGGGGUGUCCCCCAGAUCGAAGUGACCUUUGACAUCGAUGCCAACGGUAUCCUCAAUGUGUCCGCGGCAGACAAGAGCACCGGCAAGGAGAACAAGAUCACCAUUACCAAUGAUAAAGGCCGCCUCAGCAAAGAAGAGAUUGAGCGCAUGGUCCAGGAGGCGGAGCAAUACAAGGCAGAGGAUGAAGUCCAGAGGGAGAAGAUCUCCGCCAAGAACUCCCUGGAGUCUCUGGCCUUCAACAUGAAGAGCACGGCUGAGGACGAGAAGCUCAAGGACAAGCUGUCCCCAGAGGACAAACAGAAGAUCCUGAACAAGUGCAACGAGGUCAUUUCCUGGCUUGACAGGAACCAGAUGGCAGAAAAGGAAGAGUACGAGCAUCAGCAGAAGGAGCUGCAGAAUGUCUGCAACCCCAUUGUCACCAAGCUGUACCAAGGGGCUGGGGGCAUGCCCGGGGGGAUGCCCGGUGGCUUUCCCGGAGCAGGAGCGGCUGGAGGCGGUGGCUCCUCUGGCCCCACUAUCGAGGAGGUGGAUUGAGACCCUCCCGUGUCC